CUCACAAUAACCUGCAUCUAAACCUCCGAGGUGGUUUGAGUUUUAUGUUGCUGUCUUUGAGAUAAAGGGAAUUCUCUCUGUGUUAAACCUGAUAAGAUAAUGGAGGAAGAACUGAAUUACGUGACAGUGGCAUUCAAGACCGACGGUUUAUCUGCACAUGAGAAACCAAGCGACCUAGAAAUAAUCUAUGAUGAGAUGAUAUGGAAGGAGCCAGUGUUGGAUACAAAUCCUGCCAUACCAGUAGAAAAUAAAAAGAAAGCUCCACUGUGCACACUGCUUCAUCUGGUGGCAGCAGGUUUGGGGAUCAUCUGUGUCCUCUUGGUGUCGGUCGUCAUCACAUUCAGUAUCUACUUCAGCACGGCCAUGUCAGAGAUGCACAGAGAAAACAUCAACUUAACAGAACAGAAUCUGCAGCUGUGGACAGAAAUGACAAACUUAGAGAGCCAGACAGAGGAGCUGACCAGAGAGAGAGACGGACUCAACUGGACCGUCGGAGUCAUCAUGGGAUAUGAGAACUUCCCGGUGAAUACACACUGCCCACAGAAAGUGUGUAAACCUUGCCUGGAUGACUGGGUGCUGUUCCAGUCAAACUGUUACAUGUUUUCAACCUCUAAAUAUUAUUCCGAUUGGAGGUUUUGGGAGGGAAGCCGCGAUCAUUGCAGACAAAUGAAGGCAGAUCUGGUGGUGAUUGAAAGCCAAGAGGAACAGGAAUUCAUCAAUAACCACACUGAAGAAUACAAUAGCGAAAACCACGGCUAUUGGAUCGGCUUGAGCAAAGGGACACGUGGAAGUGGGUGGAUGGAAGCAACUUCACUGUGAUGUACUGGAAAACACAAGAACCCGGUUACAUUGUUUCUUGUGGUCUUAUUCAGCCACGAGCAGAUCCUCUGGCCAACUGGCACAAAGCAGGCUGCAACAUGAGGAACCGCUGGAUCUGUGAAACCAAAGCCUUGAUCAAACCAGAUUAGGAGUCAGCUGCAUUAUCAUUACAGCUUAUUUAACAUUAAAGAAAUAUAUCUGUCUACUGUGGAUGUUAAAACUGAUAAUGGUGUUUCCCCUGGUUUUUUUUUUUUUUUUUUUUACCAAAGGUGAAUGCACAUUGUUGUCUUUUUCUAAUUUAUUGCAAGUAUCCUUUUAUAUAAAUGAUGCAGAGGUCACCCUCACCUUUGAGUUGUAUAUGGCAGCCUUGAAUGUAUGUAUUUAUUAAAGAGAUAAGAAAGCCAACUGA